AUGUAUUUGUCACUUGUAAUUUAUACAUUGAUCUUCGGAGUUAGUUUCUCGGUAGCUGCAUCCAUUGGAAAUUUUCCAAACUCGAAAACCCACCUAUUUCCCUUGAGAAAAGUUCGAUGUAAUAGAAGAGGCUUCGACAUUGCCUCUGGUCAAGACAGAACCAUUUUUAGUGAACACACGGGGUCCGCAUACCUCGAUAAUGAUGUCACAAUCUACACUAUCAAUGCUACCUUUGGUACCCCUGGACAGCCCAUUACAAUCGAGAUUGAUACUGGAUCAUCAGACGUUUGGAUCACUUCUACAAAUAGCUCCUUCUGUGCUGAUCCUGAUAAUUAUUGUGACUAUGGCCUGUUUAAUCCUCAGAAAUCAUCAUCAAUACAGUACUUAAAUAAACCCUUCAACAUAACCUAUCAAGAUCUAUCAUUUGGUCGUGGGGAAUGGAUAUCAGACUCGAUUACAUUUGCAGGCUUCACAUUAGAAGAUUAUACUAUUGGUCUGGAUUAUUUCGGUGAUAAUUCUAUGGGAUAUAUGGGCCUGGGGUUCCCUGCUGGCGAGUCAACCAACUUCAACAACAAGCCGUCUUACACAUAUCCAAAUCUGUUAGUCUCUUUGAAAGAAGAUGGGUUAAUUAAUCGGGCCGCUUUCAGUCUUUAUUUGGAUAGCAUAGACGACACUGUCGGAUCACUCUUGUUCGGAGGAAUUGAUAAUGCCAAGCUUGAUGGUGAUCUUUUUACUCUUCCUAUUAUCCCUAGUGCCUCCAAUCCAAGCUCUGGAUAUGUUGACUAUACUAUUCAGCUUAAUGGCAUGACAAUGGGUAGUACGCCUCUCAUCACUCAAGCUCAAUACUGCUUAGUCGAUUCUGGUCAAAGCUUUGCUGCCUUCCCACCCAGUGCGUUUUCUGCCGCCGUCGAAUUCUUUAACGCAACAAACUCUGACCCCGACUACGCUGGCUAUUACACACUUUCAUGUGACUUUGACAAUUCUGAUGAAGUCUUUACCUUCAGCUUCCCUGGUAGCAACAGUUUGAAAGUACCUGCAUCAAACUUUUUACUUCCAAUUGAAGACGGAACUAACAAUUGCUAUCUCGGAAUUAGAAGCAGUGAGCAGGAUAAUAUCACCGUAUUUGGCGACCCCAUACUCAGGUCUGCUUAUGUUGUGUUCGAUCAAGAGGCUUACCAGAUCUCAUUUGCACAAGCCAAGCUGAAUGUUACUGAGAAUGAGGUUGUGGAAAUACCUGAACUCAUCAAACCAGUGACUCCAACUGCCACGCUUUCCCCUGUCACUGGCCCUACCUGUAAAAGAUGA